AUGGACCAAGAACAUACUCGCGCAGGCUGCAAUCUCAUUAUGCACAACUUGGCUGUGGGGUCGCGUCCACGCGGCAACCCGAGCGUAGCAUCCUUGCUUGGGUACACCGCGCAGCAACACCUGCACGCAAACCUGGAAGCAGAUAGGGCACCCGGUUUACCGCAUUGCGGUAAACCGGGUCAAGAACAAAAGAUAGGGUUUCUGACUAUUGUAACCAUGGUCUGCAUCAGCAUGGGCGUGUGUUCUGGAGAGAAAGUGAGAAACGCAAGGGAUGGUGCUCAUCAUCAUCACCAUCAUAGCCACCCAGGGUCUCAUGGGUUCCAUGGGUUUGGAGCUCGCCACUACCCACCUCCUUUGAUCAUUGAGGAGGCUAGCAGAAUUCACAUGGGCGUGUGUUCUGGAGAGAAAGUGAGAAACGCAAGGGAUGGUGCUCAUCAUCAUCACCAUCAUAGCCACCCAGGGUCUCAUGGGUUCCAUGGGUUUGGAGCUCGCCACUACCCACCUCCUUUGAUCAUUGAGGAGGCUAGCAGAAUUCAAGGCCAACACAAUGGAGGGUAUGGAUACACAGCACCAAGUGUAAGCUAUGGGCCACCUGCACCACACAUACCAACUUUCCAUGAUUAUGAUGGAAUCGACUCAAGAGGAGUGUGUCCUGUUGGCUGUGUGCCACAGGAGUCUAGGUUCAUUGGAGGUUCACCCUGUGGGAAGCCAUCCACCCACUAUGGACCACCUUUGCCCAUCUAUGCUAACCAUGGAAAUCACUAUGUGGAGGAAGAAGAGGAGGAGGAGGAAGAAGAGACUCCAGUGAAGCCAACACCUAAACCACCCAAACCCACCAGACCUCCAAAGCCAACCACAGAAAAGCCACCAAAGACCAACACCCUCCCACCAAGCAUUGAUGAGGAAACAGUGGAAUUGGCAAAGAACUUUGGCUUUUUGAUAGUGCCUGGAGAUGGAAAGCCAGCAGACCAGGCAAAGGUGGACAGAGUUUUGGCCUUGUUGCCAGAGGGACUUAGUUUCAGCCUAGUCCCAAUGGAUAUCCAGGAUGCAUUCUUUGCUGGUCAAAUUGACAUAGUUCCAUUGGAUGAAGAAGAGAAGAGGAAGUCCAGGUCCUCCCCAGAGGAAAGCUUCUCCAAGGUUUUCACUGGGAGAUCGAGAGACCAGCACCUGUAUCCCGCUCUUUAA